CAGGCUGGGAGGGUUGGAAAGAGGGAGUGAAGGGACAGAGAAUGAGAGAGAAAUGGAAGAGAAGGUGUAAAGGGACAACGAGAGAGUAAAUGGACUGAGAGAUUAAGAAGCAGUGAGAGAGAGAGAGCAGGGAUGAACAGAGUGCUCUGUCAUCAGUAGAGGUAGUGUCCAUGUCUUCCACUCCUGUGAGGUGCAGUGGAGUUCAAACUCAGAGCAGACUUGGAAGCUCAGUCAGAAUCAAGGAUCCUCUUCACAACUGAGCUAAGAUAACUUCAUGACAGCAACAUCUUUAGCCUUCAUGCAUGAAAAGGACUAUUGUCAGUCCAUACAAACUGGAAACUGAGGAGCUCCUUAGCAGGACGUCACUGGAGAGUCAGAAGUUGAAUCUGAUGGGAGAGGUGUCCUACCUGAAACUGAAGCUGGUGGACAUGGAGGAGAAACAGUUUCAUGGAGUAGAGAGGCAGCACAAAGCAGAGAGUGUCGUAAACUUGAUUAGUGAGCUGCAGGAGCAGAUGUGUAGGUUUCAGCAGGAGAUCAAUUGCAGGAUCCGGGAGAAAACAGGGCAGGCUGACAGCAGCCUACAGAAGGCCUGCGACACUUGGCCCACGGAUACCCAAAACCCAGACCAGGGGCUCGCCUGUGAUGGUAGCCCAGAGGAGGUACACGACAGUGGGCUGGAGGAGCCUCCUGACGUGAUCCCAUUCUCAGGUGUGGAGAAUAGCUCCAGUACUUCUGAGGAGCAGUGCUGCUGUGGAAGCGAGAGUGUCAAACUUCAAGAGCUCAGACUUCUCAAGGAGAAAGUAGACUAUCUUGAAGACCAGAAGUCCCAGUAUGAGAGGAGACUCAAAGCAACGAAGGCAGAGCUAUCAGACCUCCAGCAGCUCCUGCUCAGUAAGAAUGCUGAGAUAGACAGCCUGCACACACAGCUCCUGGCCAGACCACUGUCCACUGAGACCUCGGAGAGAGAGGAUAUGUACAGGAGAAGGCUCAACAACAAGCACCAGGAGCUCCAAAGGUUAAAGACUGGGAUGGAGAUGCUGCUGGUUGCCAAUGAUGAAAAGGACCGGCGUAUUGAGGAGCUCACACUGCUCUUAGUCCAGUGCAGACAGUUCAGAGAUGUUGCGACUCCAAGACAAGCUCCACCCACUAUCCUCUCAAUAUCCAAUGAGAGUCCUCCAUCGAGCAGCAGUGAGGAACGGGAGCAUGGAGUGGUGAUGACGACAGUUCCUCCCGGUGGACUCCCAGAGAACAAAGAGACUGAGAUGUCCUUCAGCAGUUCAUCCCCACAGCUCGUGUCCCACCUGCCAGCCCAGAAGGAAAGAGAACUCUGGACACAUCCCCGACUUUUAUCAAGCAGUAUGGACAACCUACAGAAUGGAUCUGCAUUGAAGCAUGUAGUGGUGAUUCCUGUAGAGGCUGAAGUGUCUACUGAGAAUAGGCCUGUAGAUAACCGAUGCCAGACCCUGCCGGUGAAGGCCUCCUUCCCAGAGCAUAAUGGAGAGGGAGAGUGCAGUGAGACACAGAGCCAGAGGUCUCCAGAGGGGAGUGAAGACGGAGACUCAAGAAAGACAGAGAAAAUGGACGACACCUCAUCCUCUGAUCUUUCACCCCAGUCUUCAGGGGCGGAGUCAGGUCAACGGACUAUUGGCUCACCAGAACACUUGAAGAACAAUAACAGUAUCAGAAAGCUCUGGGGAAAGAUCAGGCGGACCCAGUCAGGGGGUCUGCAGGGGGAGGACCUGGAAUCAAACCAGUUUAGGAGAGGGGGGCUGCGUGCCACAGCGGGGCCAAGACUGACCCGGACCCCUGAGUCUGGCAGCACUGUUCGGGAUAUGAACACACCAUUCAGCCAGUGGACCAGAGAGCAGGUGUGUGGUUGGCUGGAGGAUUAUGGUCUAGGCCAGUACGUCAACCUGACCCGGCAGUGGGUCGACAACGGACAGACGCUCCUGUCCGCAAGGCCACAGGACUUUGAGAAGGAAAUGGGUAUCAAUCACCCGCUACACAGGAAGAAAUUACAGCUGGCUCUAAGGGGGUUCAGUACUAAAGCCCUGGAGAAGUCCUCUGAGCUGGACCACAUCUGGGUUACACGAUGGUUGGAUGACAUAGGUCUUCCUCAGUACAAGGACCAGUUCCACGAGGGGCGAGUGGAUGGCAGGAUGCUCCAGUAUCUCACCGUGAAUGACCUGCUUUUCCUGAAGGUGACCAGUCAGCUUCAUCACCUCAGUAUAAAGUGUGCUAUCCACGUCCUCCAUGUCAACAAGUUCAACCCCCACUGCCUCCGACGCAGGCCUGGAGAGGAGAGGAACCCCUCUCCCUCAGAGGUGAUCCAAUGGUCCAACCAUCGUGUGAUGGAGUGGCUUCGGGCGGUGGACCUGGCUGAGUAUGCACCCAACCUACGGGGCAGUGGGGUCCAUGGAGGUCUCAUUAUUCUGGAGCUGCGGUUCAGCUCUGAGACCCUGGCCAUGCUGCUGAACAUCCCCCCUCAGAAGACCCUGCUCCGCCGCCACCUGGCCACCGCCUUUACCGCCCUGGUGGGGACGCAGGCCUCUCUGGAGAAACGGGAGUAUGCCAACGCCACCGGCCAUGCACCCCUCACUACCGCCGCCAAAGUCCGGCCCAAGAAGCUUGGUUUCACCCACUUCAGUCAUCUGAGGAAGAGGAGGCCGGAUGACUUGGCAGACUACAUCUGCCCGAUAGACAGUGGGGGCCUUUCAGCCAUGAAUGGGGUUUCCCACCGGCCGUACGCAGGGGUCCGAGGCCUUAGCCCCAUCCUGGACAGAGAGCCAGAGAGGCGGGAGCAGGCAUACACUGAGGACAGUUCUGUCUCCAGCUCAGACUCUGGGAACAACCUGGUCCAUCAUUAGAGUCAUGCGUUGACGUCUGUAUAGGCUCCAUAUGUGUUACUUCAGUGUAAAGAGAAAAAGCUGUGACCAGAUUCUGCUUUGGAAGUUGUGAGAAGCAAAACUCAAACCAGCAGAAAGCCCUCUGUGUGCUCACCCUCGUGAAGAUCAGAAGUGGAGGAUGACUCUGAACCCUAUUUUUAGGUUUAACCCCACACCAUUUAUUCAGCUGUGAUAGAGGGAAAUCGGUGGCUGUAAAAACAUAUAUACAGUAUCAAAGCAACUUCUUGGAUCAAAAAUGUUAUUCCGUUAUGGAAGUCACUCAAUUUCAACCUUAUGGCAAAAAUAAAUAAAUCCAAAAAGGCAGAUGUAUCCAACAGUCAGAUUGGAAGAACAAAACAUCAAUGACCAGUUCAGACACUAUUAGAGUGCCAACAUCUUAAAGUACAAACAUGAUGACCGUAUGUUAUCUUUAUUGGGAAAGAUGCAGAAAAUAAACAGGAAAACAUUCAACAGCGCAAUCUACAUUAGGACUUCUCUUUGCAUUUCAUAAUUAGUAGUUGGAGGAAUGUCACGUGAUUUACCGAAAUUCAGACCAUCUCACUCCUCUACUUGUCCACGACUGAUUUUGUAGACAUGGCAGCAAAAGUUAUUCUUGGUCUGUUCAACGUGAACAAUUAUAUCCCUGUCAAAGAAUAGUUCAUUACUGUCUGAAACAAGAAAAGAGGAGGAAAAAAAGUAAGUCCUGCGAUCUGUAUGAUUGGUCUAGCACUGCCCUCUACUGGUUUAAAAAGGCAAGGACAUGUCUCAGGAUUGGAAUCCCUUUUUAUUUGAGUUUUAUAGAAUUUAAUAAGGAAGGAGGGAUAACCCUGUUAAACAAGUAUUUUACAUGAAAGGCUCAGUGUAAAGGUAAAUGUUUCCACCUUUUUUAAUUCUCAUUACAAUCCAUAUAAUAUACAUUGUCUAUAUCAAGUGUUUGACCUCGUUUCCUGGUUAGUAUCUACAUAACUCAAAGACCUAUGCAGUUCUGUGUAGAUGCAUAGUGCAAUGCGUUCUAUUUGCUGUCUAGUUUACUAGUGCGGCACCAAUCGUCAACCUAAUUCAUUACCACUUCUGUGUAAGUGGAUAUGGAGAGAAAGACCUAGAAUGCAUGUUGUGGAUGAAUUACUGUCUAUGGUACAUUUUCUUUCUCUCUCUCUUGCAUCAGUUUACAUCAGUUUCAUUGACCAUCAAGGAUGUAUUAAAGCAUCUCAAAAUAAAAUGUCUCACAUUUCCAGUA